AACACUCCAACGCACCACCUGCUCCCACUCCGCUCCGCGCCUCACGACUCUCCACUCACGCUCGCUUCUCAUCGCUCCUUUGCACUCUUUCUCCGUACCCGGCGCCGCUUCGAGAAGGCGCACUCCAUCAUCGCUGCGCAGGCGCACGCACGCACGCUUCCACUGCUCCGCGGUCGACACUCUCUGUCGCCUUGUCUGCACAGCUGCACCGCACUGUAUUGCGCCUGAAGUGUGCACUGCUCUCUCGGCCCUUGUUCCUGCCUCGCUCCGCCUGCGCCACGCAGCCAUGGGCUGCUGCGGCACGGCCGACUGGAAGCGCGAGGAGGUGCCGGACCACAAGUUCGACUUCAUCGAUGUGCGCGACUACUGGACGAACGGCGCGCUGACGCGCCUGCGCUACGGGCUGCUCUUCGUGCUCGUCGUCAAGUCGAUUGCCGUGUACAUGGCCGACAUCUACACGGCCGUGACGCUGCUGGCGCUGAACCACUUCAGCGGCUCUAUCUACCAGAGCGUGCAGGACUCGAGCGACGGCAGCGUCAAGGUGCCGCUCAUCUACGGCAAGUGGGUCUUCUGCGGCUGCAUCAUCUUUGGCUUCCUGCUGCUGGCGUACGAGGCGCACAAGGCGCGCGCCAUCAUCCGCAGCCGCGACAUCAGCUAUGCCUACACCAACAUCAUGGCCAACGACUACUACUCGCUGCGCUCGUACGAGCACUUCUGCUUCUUCUGCCAGAUCAACAACUCCAAGAAGAAGAAGGACGAGUUUGCCUUUUUCAUCUUCUUUACCUUCAAGGGCUGGAAGCGCCUGCUCGUCGCCGACGGCCCGCGCCAGGUGAUCAACAUCCUCACGCUGUACGCCCUCGGCGAGCGCGUCAAGUGGUCGACGGACAUCUCCGAGUACUACGACAACAACGUGUGGACGCUCGUGCUGCUGCUCACCAUGCUCUUCACGGUGACGAUGUUUGUGCUCUCGGCGCUGCUGCUCAUCAUUGCGGCCGUCAUGUAUCUGCCGCUCAUCUGCUACAUCAAGGGCAACCUGAAGGAGUACUGCUGCCACAAGAUCGACAAGCGCAUCGCCGAGCUCGUGCAGAAGAAGAAGAAGCAGCGCCUGGCCAAGCAUGCCGCCAUUGCGCGCGCCGAGGCGGCCGGCGACUUCUCGCACCUGAAGAACAAGAAGGGCGAAAUUGUGCGGCAGGCCAUGCAGCACCCGACACUGCCCAAGGUCGACGUCGAUCUCUUCGACGAGUCGCCGAAGAUGAAGGGCGCCGCGCCGCACGGCCGCGAGGGCAGCAUUGCCUCGACGGGCUUUGGCGAGAAGGGCGGCAUGUACGACCAGGGCGAGGCCGGCUCCACGGCGCACCUCAUGCUCAACGCCGGCCAGCCGGGCGCCGGCGGCGUGGCGCCCAGCAGCUCAGGACAUGGCUUCCAGUCGUCGAGCCUGCCCAACUCGCCCGACGCCUAUCCGCUGCACGUGCGCGGCGCCCAGGGCCAGCCGCAGCGCACCGGCAGUCCGUCGCACGACCUCCUGACGCAGCUCGGGCCCAUCGGCACGUCGCCGGCGUUCGCGGCACAGGUCAUGCGCGGCCGCGGUGCCGGACACAGCGAUCGUUCGCCACUGGCACCGGCUAAUGCGCCCGGCGCGUACCAGCAGCGCUACGACCGCGCUGGCCACGCAUACGCCGAUGCUGGCGUCGACUACCCGCCGCCGGCGCAUGGUGCGGGCGCCGACGGCCUCGAGUACCCGCCGCCGACGCCGUACGCCAGCGCAACCGAGGCACCGCCGGCGGACCUCAGUGCGUUUGCGCCGUACGAUGGGCGCGGCGUCAGCCCGGCGCCGAGCUAUGGCGCCGCAGACGUGGUCGACAUGUACGCGCGCGACGGCUACUCGGGCACCUCGACGCCGCACGGUGCAGCAUCGCAAUCCGCUGCAUGGGAGCAGUACGAGCAGCAGGGCGGCUACGCCGCACACGAGGGCGAGGCGUAUGCGCAGCACGUUGGCGCUGCGGGCAGCGGCCACGAUGCGUAUGCGUGGGACGAGCGGCCACGAGGGCAGCACGCGCAGCACGAGGCGCAGGGCGCCUACGACGCGCAGGCGUGGGACGAGUGGCAGCAGCAGCAGCAGCUGCAGCAGCAAGGCGGGCACGAGACGCACGGCUACGAUGCAGCGCAGGCGGCGCAGUGGGCCGCGUACGAGGAGCAGCAGCGUGGCCACGAGCAGCAGCAGCAGCAGCAGCAGUACGACCAGCAGUACGCUGCUCACGAGCCGCGCGCCCGGCACGAGGGCUAUGCGGCGCAGCAGGGCGACUGGGACGCCCAGCAGCAGCACUACGACCAGCAGCAGCAGCUCUACGACCAGCAGCAGCAGGCCUACUCGUCGCAGCAUCAGCAGCAACAGCAUCGUGCGCGCUGAGCCCCCUGCCGGCAGUGCCAGCCCUCUCGCCGCGCCAUUUCCCCACCUCGGAGGAGCGCCCUGCCGUGUAUCCCCACUGUAACCUAGAGCUCCUGUCUGCGAUGCCACGACAUGCGGACUGUCGCUGCACGCGUGUGAAACGAACGGGGCUGCAUUGUCGGCAUGUGCACUGCCGCACAGCAACAGCAUCAGAUGUUGUGCUUCUCGGUGUUCCACACGCUGGCAGAGCGACAGCAGCGUCAGCUACAGGCGCAGGCCACGGCAGUGAAGGCACACUCACCUUGAUGUCGCGAACUCGGGCUUGGCUAUCGGAUCCGUCUGGCGGACACAUGCGGUGAUCAGCGGCUGAUCAGAACGGC